GUUAUUUGUUUAUCCUAGGAAUUAAUAUCAUUGGAAUCGAGAUUGGUCUUUGUAGUUUGUUACUUAUGAUGAAUGAGCAGAGUAAGCCGGGGAAUCCAUCUGCCCCGGUAAUACUACCGGCAAAGAGGAGACGUGGGCGUCCACGCAAAGAUGGGAGUGUUCCUAAACGAGGGAGCUCUCUAACGCCCGCAACUUCUGCACCGGAGAUGGUGAAGAAAACCCAAGCUGUGGAAGCGAAUCAGAUGGAUGGUACGGUUGAAAACAUGGUUGGGAGAAUGGUCUCGGGUGUAAUUGAUGGCUGUUUUGAUGCGGGUUAUUUUCUGACUGUGAGGGUUGGCAAUAGCAACACGUUGCUUCGUGGCGUUAUUUUUCAACCGGGGCGAUUCGCUCCCAUUUCAGCAUCAAAUGAUGUUGCGCCGCAGGCUAAAAUGUAUCAGAGAAGAGAUAUCCCUGUGCCCGUCCCCAACCUUCAAGGGCAGAAUGACGGCAUGAUUCCCCAGUCGGAUAAGCUCGUUAAGCAGCCCGUUCAGUUGGGACCUCAGCCCGCCAUGGAUGCCCAGCAAGUUUUGCCGUCUAAGCCAACAUCUAGCGAUACAUUUGUUCUUAAUAAUCAGAUGAACCAACCGCCCUCGGUAAUGGUUCCUCAACCCGGUCCGUUUUCCAUACAGAUGAAUAAUAUGUCAAGGGGUGGCUCGGGUUUUCCCUUUGGAGGAAAAAUCAUGGUGCAUCAGAAUCCCGAUCAGAGACUUCAAAUUCAGUCGCAACCAGGCCAUCGACCUCAGAGUCUCGGGAUGGUUGAACAUGAUGAGGUGAUGCAGGUAUUCGAGCUUUCAACGCAAUCUGAAAUGCCUAAAGUCGGUUCGGAAGGCGAUAAAACCGAUAUGUUGCCCAGCGAAGGAACUAGCAACCAGUUAUCGCAAACUCACAACCAGGCUCUAGGAUCCAUGGCUCAGCAGUGUUUUAUGUCUUAUAAUUUGGAGCAGUCUAACUCUCGGCUUCCCCAGAACCCUGCUGCUGCGACAGUUUCUCAAACGGUGGAUUCAGAAAGCCAAGACGUCGAAUCUGAAAUGGAGAAAAGCCAGUUCGAUAGUGGCGAGGUUAGGCAUCCGAAUCACCACGAGCAGCAGCACGAAACGCCUAUCAAUUCUCAGCCUCCACCUAUUCAAGAAAAGCCUUCUGCAAUGGAGCCCGGGCCAUUCGUUCAUUCUGAAACCGUUGAGCUCCACCAAACUCCCAUUGUUGCAGAACUUCAAUUCAUUUCCCAGGAACCCGAGGCUGCAGAAUCUGAGCUUAAGCCGAGCGAUCCCAACAAUCCCAACAACGAACUAAAGAGCCCGGUUCCUGUCCACCACCAAGAUCAGACACUCGAGAAACUGGGAACUACCCAAACGCCCCAACCUCUAGAAGUCGAGCACGCCAGCCCAAAUUUCGAGUGCCACCACAACCCUGCAGUUGGUAACGCCCAAAAUGUGCACCAAGAACUGAUGAAUGACGCCAUGGACUUCAUGAUGGAAAAGCCCGCUUCUCCAAAGAACAACAACGUAACCCAACAUUCCCCCGAGGGCAAGCCAAUGAGCGACCCGACUGAGAACGCUAUGAGAGGACCGCAGUUUUCACUGGAAAGCACUGGCCAAAUUCUAACUCUUGGUAUUGGAGGAUCUGACAAUCCAGGGAGAUUUGAUACCCCGUUCUACAACCCAGUUAGCGGGACAACUGACUUCGGGUUCGUCCUCGGUGACUUUGUUCCGCCCACGGGCAAUCCAAACAACAUGCCGGAAACUCAACAUAGAUGAAGAUUAGCAGAACAAAAUUCUGGUGCAACAUAGGUGUAUCAAAAUGAAUUGAUCUUUGAUGCUUUUUCCAUGGGUUCCUACGAGUCUAAGUAUGUAUUAGGAUGUUUUUUCUCUGCCUUCAGAUUUAGUUGGCAGUUAACUCUUUAGUAAUAUGAAGUCUUCUUUACUUUUGCA